UUUGCAUGCGACCUUGUACACAGAACCAUAUUUCAAAAAUCAGUAAAUCUGUCGGAUAUGAGUCUCAGAUCAUCUGGUGUUUUUGGUUACACUCCUAAAUGGUUCUGUCGAACACUACUAUGCAGAUUUUACAAAGCCAAAAAUGAACCAGUUUUAUUGCAUAAACCUGGUAGUGGUGAACGGCAAGAAUUAGAUAACACAUUGACUUCCAUGCUAUCGAAAUCUCCAUACAACAUACCUAUAUGUAUUGAUUCACAAGAGGAAUCAUCCAGAGAACUUCGAAGACAUAUUUUGCCAUUUGAGCAUUCGAAGACAUUGGCUAAUUUUUAUUAUGCCACAGAAGAGCAAAUCAAGCGUGCAAUUGAGUCAUGUUUAGCUGCUCGUAAGAACUGGUGUCGUACAAGUUUUUACGAACGUGCUAAGAUAUUCUUAAGAGCAGCAGAUCUUGUUGGAGAUAAACGUCGCAUGGAAUUAUUAGCUUCAACUAUUCUUGGUCAAGGAAAGACUAUUUUCCAAGCUGAAAUAGAUGCAGCUGCAGAAUUAGCCGAUUUCCUACGGUUUAACGUACAAUUCGCUUCAGAAGCUCUGGAAUAUCAACCAAUUAGUACUGAGGAUGCAAAAAAUGAAUAUAUAUAUCGACCAACUGAAGGGUUCUGGGCUGCUAUACCACCGUUUAAUUUUACCGCUAUCGCAGGUAAUCUAGCAAGUGCACCAGCUUUGAUGGGCAAUGUUGUAGUUUGGAAACCUUCUGAUACAGCAGUGUAUUCAAAUUAUCUCGUCUAUAGAUUAUUUCGUGAGGCUGGUUUACCACCUGGUGUGAUCAAUUUUGUACCGGCAGAUGGUCCAACAUUUGGCAAGGUGGUAUGUGAACAUUCUCAACUUGCUGGUAUCAACUUCACUGGUAGCACUAAGACAUUUCGUUCGAUUUUGAAAACAAUCGGCAACAAUGUGGAUAAAUAUUGUGGAUAUCCACGCACUAUUGGUGAGUGUGGUGGAAAAAACUAUCACUUUAUUCAUCCAUCUGCUAAUUUGGAAGAAGCUGCCCUAGGCACUAUUCGUAGUUCAUUUGAAUAUUCUGGACAGAAAUGUAGCGCAUGCAGUCGUCUCUAUGUACCAGAAAGUUUAUGGCCAAGAUUUAAAAAUCUCUUACUUGAUCAUUAUAAACAAUUAAAAGUUGGUUCACCUCUCGAGUCAGACACAUUUACAUCCGCUGUUAUUGACAAAAACGCAUUCAAUAAAAUCUCCGAUUAUCUACAAUAUGCUUCCAGUUCUCCAGAUAUUGAAGUUGUUGCUGGUGGUCAUGGUGAUGAUGGUGUUGGCUAUUAUAUUCAACCUACAAUUUUAAAGACUAAAAAUCCAACUGAUAAAUUGAUGAAGGAGGAUAUUUUCGGACCAAUUGUCACAGCGUAUUUAUAUCGUGAGAAUGAAAUUGAUAAAAUUUUGGAUCUUGUCAACUCAACUACACAGUAUGCACUGACUGGCUCAAUUUUUGCUCAAGAUGAAGAAUUCAUUAAGUUUGCAACUGAUCGUCUAAUUGAUACAACAGGUAACUUUUAUGUGAAUGUUCAGUCGACUGGAUCUGUAGUUGGUCAACAACCAUUUGGGGGUGCUAGAUUAUCAGGUACAAAUGAUAAAGCUGGAGGACCUCAGUAUACUCUGCGUUUCACUUCUCCAUUGUCUAUUAAAACACAGGUUAAACCUAUUCCAUCAUGGAAACAAGCACACAUGAAGUAGAUAGUGUAAAUGGAAGUGUUUUGUGACUCCUGGAGACCAGUUUACUUGAUCCAUAACUUUUAUACUUAUCCUACUUGUAUUCAAGUGAAUUAAUCUUUCCAAUCACUAUGUUGCUAUAUGUACACUCAUUUUGAAGUUGUAUAUUUAUUACUUUUUCAAGUAUACAUUAUUGUUUCAUACUUAAAUACUGUUGUGUUUUUUUUUAUUGAAAAAGUUUUACUAAAUAUUC